UUAUCUCAACAUUAUAUUUCAAGUGCUGUGCGCUCCCAAAAUCAAAAUAAAUUUCCUCAGCUCUUUCAAUUCUGAUACGUCCACAAAAUUUAAAAGAGUUAACGAAUGAAGCACAGAACAGGGAGAACACGUGACGAUAUAAGUUUUAAAUAAUGUAAAUUUCAUUCCAGUCAGUGAUGAAAUGAAAUAAAUGUUUUUGAAAACAAUUUUAUCUAUUGAUAUUACAGAAAGUGUACAAAUAUCUAUCCUUUUUUAGAGACUGAUAAGAGUCAAGGUCAAAUGAAAUUGUGAUCAUUAAUUUUUUCAUUUCAUCUUGUAUCUGGUGCUACUGUUCAUUGAAUAAUAUCUAUUCAAAAUUUCAAAAAUGUCUAUCAGGAAUGUAACCCACUGUAUACUCAGAAUUACAGGUGUUUCGAAGGGUUUUGCAAGACAUUUUAGUCUGCAUAAAUUACCAGAAGAUCAUUUGAUGUUACAGAAAACAUGUCGAGACUUUGCUGAAGUUGAACUGAAACCAAUAGCAGCCGAAUUAGAUAGAGAACAUAAAUUUCCAGCUGAACAGAUUAAAAAAAUGGGUGAAUUAGGACUUCUUGCUGUAAAUGUGUCGGAGAAAUAUGGUGGGGUUGGACAAGAUACCUUAGCUUUAGCAGUAGCUGUUGAAGAAAUUGCCAGGGGUUGCGGUGGAACUGGAACUAUAGUUUCUGUACACAAUUGUUUAUAUGUAAAUUUAUUAGAUCGAUGCGGAACUGAUGAGCAGAAAGAAACUUUUCUGAGACCAUUUACAAGUGGCACUUUGGGUUGUUUUGCCCUUAGCGAACCAGAUGCAGGCAGCGAUGUUGGAGCUAUGUCUUGUAUAGCUGUUGAAGAUGGGGAUAGCUAUAUUCUAAAUGGUACAAAAUCUUGGGUAACUAGUGGUACAGAAGGAAAGGCUGCUGUUAUUUUCGCCACUGUAGAUAAAAGUUUGAAACAUAGAGGUAUAACUGGAUUUAUUGUCCCUCUUCCAACAGAGGGUCUUUCCUUGGGAAAAAAAGAAGAUAAAUUAGGAAUAAGGGCUUCGCCAACAUGUAAUUUGAUUUUGGAGGACGUGCGAGUACCAAAACAGAAUAUAUUGGGAACAGUAGGAGGUGGAUUCAAAAUGGCAAUGGAACAACUUGAUCGAGCUAGAGUAGGUAUUGCAGCUCAGGCUCUAGGAAUCGGUCAAGCCGCUUUAGAAGUUGCAGUUAAUUAUGCAGCACAAAGAAAAGCAUUUGGAAAACCUAUUAAUCAAUUGCAGGCAGUUAAGAUGAGGUUAGCUGAAAUGGCGUUAAGAUUGGAAUCGGCCAGGCUGCUGGUGUGGAGGGCUGCUGUUUGCUGCGAUGAACCUCAACGAUCCACAAAGGAGUCUUCCAUGGCCAAACUAGCAGCGAGUGAAGCUGCUACGUUCAUAUCACACAGUGCAAUUCAAAUUCUUGGAGGUAUGGGUUAUGUCACUGACAUGCCAGCAGAAAGACAUUAUAGGGAUGCACGGAUAACAGAGAUCUAUGCCGGUGUAAAUGACGUUCAACGUAUACUCAUAGGUGACUUGAUUGUCAAGGAGUAUGAAUGAAUGUAAUGUUUAUGAAAUGUUUUAAAUUGAUUCCAUUGAAUUAUAUUUUUAUAUGGCCAUUUGUAUUGUUUAUGCUGAGAAAAUCAUGUAUUUUAAUAAAAGUAUAUUCAGUU